UAUAAGCAAGGGGUUAACUACGGUUUAGUAGUGUUCGUACUUAUCGGGUAAUCCAUGUUAUCAGCGGUAGGUCGGUAUAAAAAGCUGAAACCGGAAUUGAAACGUGAGAAUUAACAUAUUAGCUGUGGACAAAAAAUUUCUACUUGUCGAUCUAUUGUUCAGUCAUUCUUCGGGAGAACCAAUUUUAGUUCGAACGUUUUUAUUGAUCGCUCGAGUACCGAAUCGUUAAGUUCGUGUGGGACGUUGCAGGAUGUUUGCCACCGUGUUGCUAGCGAUAAUAACGCUGAUAUUAUUAAUUAUUUACUUAGUAGUCGGACAACAUACGAGAAAAACCCCACCAGGGCCAUUCUCGUGGCCGAUUUUCGGCAACCAAUUUCUAAUGAAGCGUUUGAUUCGUGAAUGUGGGGGACAGCACGAAGCGUUUCUGGAACUGUCAAAACGGUAUGCUAGCGAUAUCAUAACCGUGAGUAUGGGCAAUGAAAAGGUAUUGGUCGUUUCUGGAAGCAGAUUAUCUGAAACGCUACUGAAGAGUGAGGAAUUCGAUGGCCGACCAUGGAACGAAUUUAUCAAACUUCGAAAUAUGGGCAAAAAGCAAGGCAUCACAAUGAACGACGGUGGAGAAUGGAAGGAAUUACGGAGCUGGAUGUUGCGGACCAUGAGGAUUUUCGGUUUUGGAAAACGCGAGAUGGCGCAAAUGAUUAGAAAGGAAUUGACCUUACUUUUGGAUGAGAUGGGUACAGAGGGUCCGCACGUACUAAGACCAUUGAUUACACCGACUGUGAUAAACGUCCUCUGGUUUUUGACGACAGGAGAAUCAUUCAGCAGGGGCGAAAGGGUAGAUUCUUUUAUCAAGUUGAUGGAAACUCGAGCACGAGUCUUUGACAUGAUGGGCGGACUUAUCUCCGCUUUCCCUUGGAUUCGUUACAUUGCACCUGAGUUCUCAGGAUAUAAUCUUUUGUGUACGCUGAACAAAGAACUCAAGGACUUCUUAAUGGGAACUAUCAUUGAGCACAAGAAGAAAUACAAGCCGGGAAGUGAAGCAGAUGUAAUUGACAUGUUUCUUCAUGAAAUGAAAAACCAUGGGGAGUCUAGUCCUAUCUUUACUGAUGACCAAUUGGUGGUACUGUUGAUCGAUCUUUUCCUUGCUGGUUUUACGACCACGAGUCUAACCUUGGACUUUCUGUUAUUAACUAUGACGGUGUAUCAGGAUGUGCAGCAUAAAGUACAAAAGGAAAUCGACUCGGUGAUACCGCGUGACAGACUUCCUGAAGCGGAGGAUAAAGCAAAGCUCCCAUAUGUAGAGGCUGUAAUAAGCGAAGUGCAACGAAUGUGGCCAGUAUUCCCUAUAAUUGGGCCGCGACGAGUUCUUCGCGAUACGAAUCUUGACAAAUACACGGUACCAAGGAAUACCACCGUUUUAGUCAAUAUGUACUCCAUCAAUAAGGAUCCUAAUAUCUAUCCAGAGCCAGACAAGUUCAUGCCUGAAAGGUUUAUUAAAAACGACGUAUUCGAGCCAGAUACAUAUUCUCUGCAAUUUGGAAGAGGAAGAAGACGAUGUCCAGGCGAAGUACUGGCGAAGUCCGCAGUAUUCAUCUUAUUUACGGGCAUAAUGCAGAAGUAUAGUCUACGUCCAGUUCCCGGCAAAGGACCAAAUUCUGUAGAAAUUAUAUAUGGCUUGACAUCGUCCCCAAAGCCUUAUGAGGUACUCGUAACGCCACGACAAUAAUACCUGCAAUCCUCAUUCUUGAUAUAUGUAUAAUUUCUUGCUAAAUUUUUUACAUUUAUAACUUUCAUGUAUCGCGUGAUUGACAGGAAGUACGUCUAUUCCUACAGAUAAUUUCAAUAAAAUGUUCAUGGUAAAUGAAAAAAAUGCUAAUUGAUCAGUAUGAAGAAUAAAACAAUAGAUAAGGUAAAAUAUAUUGUUCUGUACAUUUGUUUUAGUAUCCAAGCUGGAUAUACCUAUUUUUAUUUGUUCGAUUUAUUGUUUCAAUAAUAAAGAUGUUGCCGAUACACGUUAAAUGUGACGUUUCUCUGUUUUGAAGUAGCUCCACCCGUAGAUAGAAGCUCGGUUUGUUUGACUUCAACAAAUUUUUCUCUUGAAUAUUGUUUAUUGUUUCUACCGCGUGAAAGUCGCUUUACGCGUCGUUUUACGUGUUCGACGAAAUCAGUUCGUUUCGCAGAAGUCCAAAUGUACCUUCGCUCGCACGCCACGUGGCGAUUCAAUCCUUUUAUAUUAGGUUUCAACAUGCCUGUCAAAUAUUUCCUUGUCACUGGAAAAUAGACUCUGUAAAGCUAAUAAAAAUUAUGCAGUUUGUAUUUAAAUAUUGAAGAUAAUACUUUUUUCUUUUCAAAAUUUUUUUAUUAUAUAUUUGAAAUAAUUAGGAAAUCAUACACUUACAGAUAUUACUUAAUAAAUAGAAUAAAAACAUUUCUUUAUUAAAUAAUAUAAAGCACAUUUUUCGAUUCUGGUGUUUAAUUAAUUAUCUUGAAUCACCAUCGUCUAAGCAUAUGAUAUCUUAAUUAUCAUGUACAGAAUAGCAAUUUAUUCUUAGAAGACUACUCACAAUUUUCAGUUAUAUAAUUUCCAGUUUUCAUAUUUGUAUUCAAUAAAAUUAUUGAAACAUA